AUGGCGAUUCUGAUCACCAAGUGCUUGAUCUCGGUACUGAUAGCUGUGUUCUUGUUGUCUUCGUCUACGAUUGCCAGCUCGGAAACUCCAUUCAUCGUGGCUCACAAGAAGGCCACCCUUAACAAACUAAAAUCCGGCGCUGAACGAAUCUCCGUCUCCAUCGACAUCUACAACCAAGGAUCUGCGACGGCAUACGAUGUCAGUCUAACUGAUGAUAGCUGGUCCCAAGAUGUAUUUGACAUUGCCACUGCUAACACUUCAAUGUCGUGGGAUAGGCUUGAUGCUGGUGCGCUUCUGUCACACUCUUUUGAAUUGGAGUCCAAAGUGAAAACACAGUUUUAUGGUGCACCAGCAGUUAUCACCUUCCGCGUGCCCACAAAGGCUGCUCUACAGGAGGCAUACUCAACUCCAAUUCUGCCCCUCGACAUUCUGGCAGAAAGACUUCCUGAGAAGAAGUUUGAGUGGGUAAAGAUUGUUAGCAAAAUAUGGGUCCUUAAUAUCAGUGAUCUCCAUUGUGGUUCUGUUCAUAUACCUGGUUGCAAGCCCAUCUAA